UUUGUUUAGUGGCUCGCUGGCUAAAAGAGCGAAUUGACGCUCUCUUAGCUGCCUACGCAGCUCGGGCCUCAGCUGUUGCUGUUGCUGCUGGCGCUUUGGUUUGUUGUUUAUCUGCUGAAACUUAAAAUUUUGCACAUUCGCCCGCUGAGUUUGUUUCGACCAUUUGAACUCACAACAACGCGUCGCGAGUGCAUUACCAACUCGAAGCAUAAGGUUUUAAGUGUGAAUAGUACCAAGUAAAUGCCAUGUACGCGGCGCUUAAUAUUUGAGCGAAAAAUAAAAGAAAUAAGUAGUCGAUAAAAAUCAAUUUCCAUAGAUGUGAAUAAAACUCGUUGACCUGGUUACGUUUUAAUUAAAUGAGAAAUGCAAUUGCCUGUGUAUCUGUUGCUUUUGCUGCCACUUCUGAGCAGCUUUUGCGUUGUGGCCACGAUCAAUGAUGCAACAACAGCAGAGGCAGCGACAAGGCAUCGCAAAAAUGCAACAGCGACACGAGCUGAUGCGGAGGCUUUUAACCAAGGCAGUAGCCGUGCUAGCGGUUCCCGCGGCCCCAAAUAUCGUACUGUUGCACAAUACAAGCUGCCGCUGGAUGCUACACAGAUGACGCUGGACAGCAGAGACAGCACGGUCAGAGCACAGCCUAAGCGCAGGCGCACCCAGGUGGUUAUGCGGCGCAGGCCUACCACAACAUUUACAACAACAACAACAACGACAACAACAACUACAACAACGCCCCGUCCAACUUUGGCGAAUGGAUUCAAUUUCUUCAAUCCCAGAUUUUGGAGCUUUGGCCAGCAGAGCAUUGUGCCAGUUAGUGCGCCCACCAAGCAGCCCCAUCCACCCAAGAAGUUUACGCACUCAGCAGCAGCCGGCGCGAAGGAGGAGAAGUCCGCUUAUCGCAAGCCAUUGAAGACUACGCCGAAGCCAAGGCGAAAGCUGAAUACCACAAUAGCAACAACAACCACCACUGAGGGACCUUUUCGCAUAGCAUUGCCAACGCUGAACUUCCCAACCACAGCCGCCGAAGCUAGCGAUAAGGAGAAGGAUAAACGGGCUGCCGCUGAUCUGCGACAGCGCUUCAAUUGUCCGCGCGAGAACGAGGUGCGCUUCCAGCUGUUUCCGAAAAUCUGCAAGUCAGACAAGGACUGUUUGGUCUGGCAGCGGGAUGAGAUCUGCUGCGACAUCUUUGGCUCCAGCAGCUGCGUCGCGGGCAUUGCCAAGCCACUCGAGGAGACGGCACACGCACCCAUACUGGGCCUGAUACCACGUCGAUGUCCGACUCGUCCGCUGGCUGAGCUCUGGUGGGAUGUGCAGGAGUGUCACACGGACAUGGACUGCUGGCCGCGUGUCUGCUGUCCCGAUGGUCGCCGGCGCUACUGUCGCACAUCUCAGCCGGAACUGGAGACUGUGCCGGUGCCAGUAAAGCGUUCAUUUGAUUAUCUUACGGAAUACUUGGAGUGCACGGCACCGCCGCCAACGAUUUUUGAUCUGCAUCCAAAGGCUUGCACCUCCACGCUCGACUGCUUUCCCAAUGUGUGCUGCCAGGAGGCGGGCUUGCGGCACUGUCGUCCGCCCAAGAAGUCGGUGCUCACACUGAUGGCUAAUUUCCUGAACGUGGACUUUGUGAAGCGCUUGACACAGAAUAUUGUUAUCAAGUAGCUGCAAUUCAGUUAACACAGACACACACAUAUGCACAUUGAUCUGCACUCAUGUAUAUA